AGGCGCGCUAUUGCGAAUCGGAAGACAGUUAAAAACAAUUAGCUAGCAUUGGUCGAGUUGCUAGUUCAGCUAAAAGUGAGAAUGCUCUUGUUUUUGUCGCGAUGAGCUGUGAUGAAAAAGUGAAAAAGAAAGAAAACACGAGAUAGACUAAACGCGAUUGCUAAGAAUCAAAAACUUAUUUUCGUGUACGUGGUGCCUUGGCUGGGUUAACCUGCUAACUGCGAUAUGAGCGCUUCCCGGCUGAUAAAACAGUUGCAGAAAGCUAAAGGCAAGGCUCAGAGCAGCAGCAAUCUAAGGGAAGAGGCCAGCUUGUGCAAUCAGCUGGGAGAGGUGCUGGCGAAAAAUGGUGACUUCCAGGCUGCCAUCGAGGAACACCGGCAGGAGCUGGCCCUGUCCGAGGUCCUGCACGACGUGAUUGGCUGUGCUGUAGCCAAUCGGAAGAUUGGAGAAUGUUUUGCGGAGCUGGGAAACUUCGAGGCAGCUCUGAAGCACCAGCGUCUCCACCUGCACUUGUCUCGCUCGGUUCGGGACGCUGCGGAGGAACAGAGGGCGCAGGCCACCAUUGGCCGGACGUUCCUGUUCCGAUACGAAUCUGACCAAUCACAGGACAGCCUCCGUCAGGCGGAGGACGCCUUCAGGAAGAGCUUGGCCAUUGUCGAUGACCGCUUAGAGGGUGUGGUUGGCUCGCGGGAGCUCAGCGAGAUGCGUGCGCGGCUCUACCUGAAUCUGGGCUUUGUGGCCGACGGGCUGAAGGACUCCGAGCUCUGCACCGACCUCAUCCGCCGGAGCAUCUUCAUCGCGGAGAAGAACCAGCUCCUGGAGGACCUGUACCGCGCCAAGUUCAACCUCGGGCGCAUCCACUUCCGCAACGGGGCCCAGUCCAGCGCCGUGCGCUGCCUGGAGCAGGCCAAGGAGAGCGCGCGCAAGAUGAAGGACAAGUUCGGGGAGAGCGAGUGCUGCCACAGCAUCGGCCAGGUGCAGUUGUCUCUGGGGGACUUUGUGGCCGCGCGGUGCUCUCUGAAGAAGGCCUACAGACUGGGCUCCCAGCAGCCUGCAGACCGAGACACUGUGAAGAGGGCCUUCAAACACGCGAUCCAGGGCUGCCUCCUGGAGCAGGCGCUGUCAGACCUGGGGGAGGAGCGUCCGCAGGAGGCCGUGGGCGUGGCGGAGCAGCUGGGGGACCUGUGCUGCAAGGUGGGCUGUUACAGCAAAGCCCUGGAGGCCUACCGCGUACAGCUGGCCAGUGCACUGGCCCUGGGGAAGCCGAGCAGGGAGCUGGCGGUGAUCCACGUCUCCCUGGCUGCGACCUACGCUGACCUCCGCCAGCCCCAGAAGGCCGUGGAGCACUACAGGCAGGAGCUGGAGCUGCGGCAGAACAACCCCAAAGAGGAGUGUGAUUCGUGGCUGAAUAUUGCUGCUGCUGAAGAUGAAGCUGGGCGGAGUCUCGAGGAGCUGGACACCUGCUACAGCACCGCCCUGCAGUGCGCCAAGAGAGCUGCUCUCCCCAAACUACAGCGUCAGGUUCUGAGGGCGUGGCUCGCCGCUCGCCAGCGGAGAGGCUCCGCCCACUGCGACGACACGGCGGCCCAGCUCCAGGAGCUGUGUGCGGCGGGCGGCGGGGGCGAGGGAGAGGAAGAGGAGGAGGAGGAAGAGGAAGAGGAGAACAGCGAGGUCCAGGAGGACAGCGAUAUCCAGCUCUCAGACUCGGAUGAGGAUCUGGAAGAGUAUGACCGGAUGGUACCAGGGAAGAGGACCGCAGGACGGUGGAACCGGAGGAAUGAGAAGGGAGAGACGUCUCUCCACCGGGCGUGCAUCGAGGGGAACCUGCGGCAGGUUCAGUACCUAGUGGAACAGGGUCACCCUGUGAACCCCCGUGAUUACUGUGGCUGGACCCCUCUUCACGAGGCCUGCAACCACGGUCACUGUGACGUCGUGUCUGUGCUGCUGGAUCACGGGGCCCAUGUGAAUGACCCUGGGGGCCCCCUGUGUGAGGGGGUGACCCCCCUACAUGACGCCCUCUCCUGUGGUCACUUCCCGGUUGCCAGGCUGCUGGUGGAGAGGGGGGCGUCCGUCACCGUCCGGAACUCUAAGGGCGACACCCCCCAGGACAGCCUGCGUCUCUGGCUGAAGACUUACAGCCGACACCUGGACCAGGACGCGCGGCAAGAGUGCAGCGAGACCGAGAGGCUGAUGAAGAGAGCUGCAGCUGGGAGAGGCCCAGUGGCGGUUCUGGAGCGGGUCGGUAGGGGUCUGCAGGACAGCCAGCUGUACGAUGCGGAGAACUCGGAGCCGCUGGUGCCCCCCCCCCGGCCCCACUCCCCCCGGAGGCAGGAGGGCCGUGCAGUACCACAGAGCCCCACCAGGAGGCAGGAGGGCCGUGCAGUACCACAGAGCCCCACCAGGAGGCAGGAGGGCCGUGCAGUACCACAGAGCCCCACCAGGAGGAGCUCUGGGGGCCGGCCGCCUGGGGCACGGGAGGCCAUUCUGUUCCGGGAGGAGAGCAGCUCCUCGGACUCCGACUGUUCCAUCAGCCCUCUGCGGCCGGUGAGGCCUCGCCUACGUUUCCCAGAACCCUCUCCUCCCCCGACGAGGUCGGGGGUCGCGGGUCUGAGCCAGGGCGUUCCCACGACGACGGGAACGGACUCGGUGGCGCCCGCUGUCUCAAGGACAGAGGAGUACCACAGAGCCAUGCGAUGUCUGGGCAGCGCCAAGUCCCGCCUCCUCCACGCUCAGGACCAAUCGGAGCCUGAGUGCGGCCCGGCAUCGGCCAAUGGCAGGUCGGCACUGGUCCCGGAGGAGGAGGAUGUGGCGGAUGAUUGGCUGGAGGACGACCUGGGGGAGCUGCAGCCCAGGAAGAGGAGGAGAGUGGGGGCAGAGCCCCGCCCUGUGACAUCAUCAUCAGGGAGGAGCCAGAGCCACCACCCCGCAUCCCCAGAGCCCAGAGUUCCCCCUCCGUCCAGCAGGGGGCUGUCUCUGCAUCGUGGAGCCCGGGGAUCCCAGCGGCCGCGGCAGGUGAAGAUGACCCAGCUCUCCGGGAUGGUGAUGCUGGGGAGGAGAGAGGUAGUCCGGUCCAUCAGCCCCACAAUGGAGGAGCCGCAUCUCACACACCCCACGCAGCCCCCUCCCCUCCCCCAGGCUGUGGCUGUCCCUCUGCCCCCCCCCAUCAGAAUCACCGUCCGAGUGCAGGACCGAGCCUUCCUCAUUCCCGUCCCCCACAGUGAGGCAGACUCCUGCACAGUCUCCUGGCUGUGUGACCAGGCUGCCCAGCGGUAUUACCAGGCCAGUGGGCUCCUGCCACGCCUCUCCCUGCAGAAAGAGGGCGCUCUUCUCUCACCACAGGACCUGCUCCUCACCGUGCUCCACACCAACGAGGAGGUGCUAGCAGAGGUGUGUUCCUGGGAUCUCCCCCCUCUACCUGAACGCUACAAAAAAGCCUGUCAGAGUCUGGCUACAGGUGAGCACAGGCUGGUGUUGCGGCUGUGUGAGGUGCAGGACGGGAGCCCCUCGGUGUGUGUGUCCGGUCUCAGUCUGCCCCCUGCUGUUCUGACCCCGGUACUGCGCGCCCUCAAGCUGCAGGCCAGUUUAACCCAGCUCCGUCUCUCCGGCAACCGGCUGAGCGACGACCUCAUGCCCGAGCUGGUGUCCGCGGCAACCACCAUGCCCAGGCUCCGCCUCCUGGACCUGUCUGCCAAUCGGAUCACGGGGGAGGGGCUGAAGAAAGCGGCCCUGGCUUUGGAGGGGCGGAGACAACCAGCCUUUCCAUGUUUGGAGGAGUUGGUGCUGAGUGUGAAUCCCCUGGGUGACUCGGUCGCUGAGGCCCUGUCUGGCGUGCUGUCUGCCUGCCCCCUGCUCUCCACACUCUCCCUGCAAGCCUGCGGCCUGACUGCGCGAUUCCUGCAGCAACACCGCCUUCUGCUGGAGACCGCCCUGUCCGGCACAGGUCACCUGAGGUCAGUGUGUCUCUCCCAUAAUGCCCUGGGCUCCACGGGGUUCGAGCUGGUUCUGAAGACCCUGCCCCUCCGCUCUCUUACGCACCUUUACCUGUCAGCCGUGCGAAGUGUGCCGGCUGACCCCCCCCUCACCGGCCGCCUGGCUGCCCUGCUGGCACAGGAGGAGUGUGCGCUCACUCACCUCAGCCUGGCUGGCAACGGACUGACCGACUGUGACCUCUCAACCCUGACCAGGUGUCUGGCUGCGUGUCCGUCCCUGGUCUCCCUGGAUGUGUCGGGGAACCCUGCGGUGACCUCGGCCGGGCUGGAGGCGCUGCUCACAGGCCUGAGGGACGGCCGUCGCACCCUGGAGCUCCUCAACGUGCAGGGCUGCCAGGUGUGCGGCCCCUGGGAUGGCAGGGCGUUGGACAGCCUCACUUACUGUGUGCGGGAUCUACAGCUCUGCUCCCAGCGGCUCAACAAACUGGACCGCAAGGCUCUGCAGGAGAGCCUGGCGGUCCGGGGCGGCGCUGUCCUGUCCCGCUCUGCCAAGUGUCUGCUCAGAGCCGCACCGUCUCUGUGAGUCCGCUGCAGCGCCCCCCUCUGGACCGGAGGACUCGCACCUGGAGCUCGCUCGAAGACCGCACCGUCCAGAGACUGGACGUCUGGGUUGAAGUGCAUAUUUAAUCUGUCUCCUGAUGUACAUGUAUAUAUGGUGUGUGUGUGUGUGUGUGUGUGUGUGUGCAUGCGCGCGCAUGUGUGUGUUUGUGUGUAGGGCUCUGUAGUGGCCAUUUCAUGAGCAUUUGCUGCUGAAAUUUCAUGUGCUAACUGGAAAAAUGCAUUUCAGAACAUGUCUACCAACUUUGAUGCAUUAGUGUGCUCCUGAGUUUUUCAAUUUAGGAGCACAUCUGCUCCUUGAACAAAUGUUUGUGUAGAGUCGCGUGUGCGUGUGUGUGUGUGUGUGAAGUUUCGGCAGAAAUGGAGCGCCUGAUUGUGUCUGUGCUGCUGUGUCCAGGUGUCUGGUAAAGAUUAUUAAAGCACAUGCUCUUUGUAUUGUUGGUGUCAUGGCAGCAGUUUGCCGGGUCUGAUUCUGUGGUUCUGUGCUGCUUCAUAAUGCUCACUGGAUUGUACAUUGCUCUUGAAAGCCGUCGGUCAUCUCGGAAUGAAGUGUGUGGCUUAGUUGACACAGAAUAUUUAGAAAUCAGUAGGCCUCAAAAAUGUCCCCAAAGCAAUUCUAAAAUGAAAUGUCACUUUACUGCGCUUGGGAAGGAUCAUGUAUCCUUCGUUGCAGUCAGAAGUCUUCAAAGUCAGAAACUUAUAAGUCCUAUUUCAGCUUCUGGUUUCUGUUCCCAUGAGCCACUGCUUCAGGACACUGCGGUCUGCCUCAAAGCGGGGUCAAAGCGGGGUCAAAGCUCAAAUUCAUGCUUGUGUGUUUUGGUGUGCGCUUAUGGUUUAGUGACAGCCACUGCCACCCUACUGCAGCGUAUGCAUUUACACGUGCAGUUUUGCUUUGUGUAUCGUACCUGGGCCAUUUUUAUUUAUUAAUAAUAAUUCAACCCUUUGUGGCUAUUUUCGUCAAUAAUCGGGACAGAAUUCUUUCUUUCGUGGGUACGGCUUAUAUAAUUUGAAAUGUUUGAACCAGGGCCACCUUCGGCCGCGGCAAAACGUUGCAAAGCGUUAAUUUACACUGAAACGUUAAAGGCCUUCUCCGACCUUUAAAGUGUAGACCUGCAUCGUUACUGGUUCACAAGUUGUUGUUUUUUUUUUUCCAAUGUGCCUCUUCAUUCCCGGCUGCUCUUGUUCUGACUAAGUGUCUGCGGUGUGAGUGUGACGAGCCGUUUCUGUCCGUGUGGGCACGGAUGUGUGGGAACCACACACACACACUCUGUCCGUUUUCAGUUAUCUCUGAAUAUAUAUAUAGAAAGUGGUCACCUCAAGCUUGGCCCCUUUUUGCUGCGGUGUCUCUACCUAAUUAAAAUGGUGUUUUGAAAUGCAUCUCUGCAAACCUAGUUGAAAUACUCAAAUUAAUCUUGACUCGUAUUAUCAGGGUGCCCUGUAGCGUAGUGGUUAAGGUAAAUGACUGGGACACGCAAGGUCGGCGGUUCUAAUCCCGGUGUAGCCACAAUAAGAUCCGCACAGCCGUUGGGCCCUUGAGCAAGGCCCUUAACCCUGCAUUGCUCCAGGGGAGGAUUGUCUCCUGCUUAGUCUAAUUAACUGUA